GGUUCGUACUCUACAGGACUUGGAAUAAGAAGAGGAGAUUCCCACUCAUAAAAAUGGCAAAAGAUAAGGUCACUGGGACCUUGGUUUUCACUGUGUUUACCAUCAUGCUGAGUUCCUUCCAGUUUGGAUAUGACAUUGGUGUUAUCAAUGCACCUCAACAGAUAAUAAUAUCCCAUUACAGAUAUGUUUUGGGUAUGCCACUGGAUGACCGAAAAACUCUCAACAACUAUGCUUUCAACAGUACAGAGGAAUUGCUGCCUACAGACUCAAGCCCUCCAAUUUCAACGCCAGCUGCUGGGAGUGAGGAAGAGACAUCUGCCUCUACUGGCAUUGUCAUCAUGUUCUGGUCCCUGUCGGUAUCCAUCUUUGCAAUUGGAGGAAUGAUUGCAUCAUUUUUUGGUGGAUGGCUUGGGGACCGACUUGGAAGAAUCAAAGCCAUGUUGCUAGCAAAUAUUCUCUCAUUAGCUGGAGCGCUCUUGAUGGGAUUUUCAAAACUGGGACCAUCUCACAUUUUUAUCAUUGCAGGAAGAGCCAUAUCAGGACUAUACUGUGGGCUAAUUUCGGGCUUGGUUCCCAUGUACAUUGGUGAAAUUUCUCCAACCACACUCAGGGGUGCUCUCGGCACUCUCCACCAGCUCGCCAUUGUCACCGGCAUCCUUAUUAGUCAGAUCAUUGGACUUGACUUUAUCCUGGGAAAUGAGGAUUACUGGCCCAUCCUGCUCGGUCUGUCUGCUGUGCCAGCUGUACUCCAGUCUCUGCUGCUCUUUUUCUGUCCAGAAAGCCCCAGAUAUCUUUAUAUCAAUUUGGACGAGGAAAAGAAAGCAAAGCAAAGCUUGAAAAGACUAAGAGGGGAUGUUGAUAUCACUAAAGAUAUUACUGAGAUGAGGAAAGAAAGAGAUGAAGCAGCAAGGGAACAGAAAGUCUCCAUUCGUCAGCUCUUCACCAGUUCCAACUACCAACAACCUAUUCUAGUGGCACUAAUGCUUCACAUGGCUCAGCAAUUUUCUGGAAUCAAUGGAAUCUUUUACUAUUCAACCAGCAUUUUUCAAACAGCUGGGAUCAGCCAACCUGUUUAUGCAACCAUUGGAGUUGGUGCUGUCAAUACAUUAUUCACUGUUUUCUCUGUAUUCCUUGUGGAGAAGGCAGGUCGGCGCUCUCUGUUCCUAAUUGGAAUGAGUGGGAUGUUUGUCUGUACCAUCUUCAUGUCAAUGGGACUUGUGCUCUUGAAUAAAUUCUCUUGGAUGAGUUAUGUGAGCAUGCUAGCCAUUUUCCUCUUUGUCAGUUUCUUUGAAAUUGGGCCAGGCCCUAUCCCCUGGUUCAUGGUAGCGGAAUUUUUCAGUCAAGGCCCACGCCCUGCUGCUUUAGCUUUAGCUGCGUUCUGCAACUGGACCUGCAAUUUCAUCGUAGCUCUGUGUUUCCCCUACAUUGCGGACUUCUUCGGACCUUACGUAUUCUUCCUCUUCGCUGGAGUGCUUCUGGCCUUUACGCUGUUCACGUUCUUCAAAGUUCCAGAAACCAAAGGAAAGUCCUUUGAGGAAAUUGCGGCAGAAUUCCGGAAAAAAGGACGAUCAACCCAAGCAGCAAAACCUGCCGUGGAAAUGAAAUUUCUUGGCUCUACGGACACUGUGUAAAGAAAACCUACCUUUUGACAUAAACAGAAAUAGGAUUUCAUCAAGUAUUACCAAAGAAAGUAUUUUUUUAAGUGAGAGAAUCUAUUUUUGAUGCUAAGACUCAGUAAUUAAAUAAACCUAAAGUCUAGCUCAUUUGCUUCCCUAAACGGCAAGUGUAAUUGUUAACUAAUAUUCGUAGUUUCAUUUUCUAUAAAAAAAUUUACCUAAAAUUUAACAAUUUCAAAGUAUGAUAUAUUAUUUCCUUAUUUGACAGUGAAGUUCAUGUUAAAAUUGCUGACUUUUAUAUUUCUCCCACUCAGUGUGUGUGUGUGUGCAUGCAUUAGGAUUUGUAUUUUGU